AUUAUUUAUAUCAAGCAUCCAAUAAAAAUUUAGCAAUAGAAGACACUAAUAAUUUCUGCUUUUAUGGCGCAAGUUUAAAUAAAUUCUUUUCAACUUCAUACUAACAAAUGUUAGAUAAUCGUCAUAUGUGAUAGUGAGUAAUCAAGCUCUACACCAAUUAUUUUUCUGAGAAGCGCUUUUAUUUAUUGCUGACAUUGAGAAGUUCAUUCAGUGUACUGAUAAUUGAAAUAAGAGAACACAAUGAGUGGAAGUGAAUCUAAUAUCUUCGAUCCAAAAGAACAUCAACACAUCCGGUAUAAUCCAUUGAAAGGAGAAUGGGUGUUAGUAUCACCACACAGAAUGAAAAGACCUUGGGGAGGUCAAAUUGAACCUUCUAAUGAUGAAGAAUUACCAGAAUAUGAUCCAAAUAAUCCACUGUGUCCUGGGAAUCCUAGAGUCAAUGGAAAAGUGACACCAAAGUAUGAACGAACAUAUUCAUUCGUCAACGAUUUUCCCGCGUUAUUGGAAGACGUACCUGGACCACCAGCUUCACAGGAUGAAUUGUUUCAAAUGGAUACAGCACGAGGCACUUGCAAAGUCAUGUGUUUUCAUCCUAAAUCUAACGUUACAAUUGCUUUAAUGAAAAUUGACGAGAUUGCAGAAGUAAUUAAACAGUGGAUCAAUGAGAUGAUAGAAUUGGGAAAAAAAUGGACAUGGGUACAAAUUUUUGAGAAUAGAGGUGCUUUGAUGGGAUGUAGCAAUGCUCAUCCUCAUUGUCAAAUAUGGACAAGUUCAUUUUUACCAUUUGAAGCCAAAAGAAAGGAUCAACAUCUUUUGGAGUAUUAUUCUCGUCAUAAUCGUCCACUUUUGGUAGAUUACGUUGAAAAAGAACUAGCAAAAAAGGAGCGAAUUGUAAUUGAAAAUCGUGAUUGGGUUGUCCUUGUACCAUUUUGGGCAGUAUGGCCUUAUGAAACAAUGGUGCUACCGAAAAAACAAGUGCCAAGAAUACAAGAUCUUACAUCCAGCCAACAAGAAUCAUUGGCUAUGAUAAUGAAAAGAUUAUGUACAAAAUAUGAUAAUCUAUUUCUUUGUUCAUUCCCUUAUUCAAUGGGCUGGCAUGGAGCUCCUACAGGACCUCUAGCUAAUAAAGAUUCUAGUCAUUGGACUUUUCAUGGCAUGUAUUUGCCUCCUUUACUUCGAUCAGCUACAAUAAAGAAACAUAUGGUAGGCUACGAGUUAUUAGCUCAAGCUCAAAGAGAUCUGACACCAGAACAAGCAGCAGAAAAAUUGCGAAGUCUUCCAGAUCAACAUUAUCGUCAUCCUGAGACAAGUUUAACUUCAGACCAAAUUGCCAUGUAUAAUUAAUUCAAAUAUAGUCAAUGUUAUUUUAAAAAAUAUGAGAAAUAAAUAAAUCUAUUUUCUGUUAUAA